AUGUCUGCCCCAACACAAGCCCCUUCAGCGGGACCUGGUGCGUUCGAAGUCGCGCUGACCAAGUUCAAAAGUCAUCUGGACGGGAAGCAGUUGCAAAGCUUCAAGAUUACAACUCUCAGAGAUGUCGAGGCGGCGCUCGCUGAAAUUCAAACCCGUCAGACCGCACAGCGGGAACUACGCAAUUUGACUCGAAUUCGUCGCUUCCUGGAGGCGAUGGAGCAAUUUGGCAAUGUCGUCGAAGUCUUCACCAACACAAAUGAUAUCGUUGCUUUCAUCUGGGGCCCGCUCAAAUUUCUCCUGCAGGUGUCAAGCACCUGGGCGAAUUCCCUUGAUAAGAUUCUGGAAGCAUAUGAGCAAAUUGGCGAAGCAUUACCCCUGCUCAAGCAGUAUGAGUCACUUUUCACAAAAUGUCCGAAGAUGCAAAAGGUGCUUGUCAUGAUGUAUACGGACAUUCUUGAUUUCCAUCUGCCCGCAGUCAGCUUUCUCAACCGUUCAAAAUGGCGACAGUUUUUUCGAUCAUCAUGGGGUGACUUCAGGUCAAAGUUCGAGGGAAUUGUCAGGAAUCUCGAACGGCACAGGCGUUUGAUUGAAUCACAAUUCAUCCUGCUACAGGCUUCCGAGCAUGAGAAACACCGCGCUGACGUCCUUCAGAAUAUUCAGAAUGUGAGGCAGGGGAUUCAGAAGAUCCAGACGGUGGAGGAGGAAAUUCGGAAAGUCCAGCAGGAAGUGCGUGUCGCGCAAGAAAAACUUCAACGUGCUGAAGAGGAUCGCAGAGCUGACCAGCUGCGUGCGGUACGUGUCUGGAUAGCCGGAACUCCUAUUUCCGACUACCACGCAUUGGCUUUAAAAGCCCGCGAGGACUAUCCUCAGACCGGACUCUGGGUCACACAGCAUCCAAAGGUGUCAAGCUGGCUCACGGAUGACAUUCCACGGUCCUCAAUUCUGUGGAUGCACGGCAUUCCAGGCGCUGGGAAAACGACAUUGGCGUCGAUCAUCAUUGAAGCGUGCAGAAAACAACCGCAAGCCCAAACCGCGUACUUUUACUGUAGACAUGAUGACUCUGAGGGGACUACUUGUGGCAAAAUCUUGAAGGGCCUUCUCGCUCACCAAGUUGAUUGGUAUCCGGAUCUUGUGCCCUAUUUUCAUGAACAGCGGCAGCGAAGCCGCGAAGCUGUCCUGACUUCGGACAAAGCCGCAAAACCCCUUUUCGAAACUGUUUCCGGAGAGGGCAAGCGUCAUUACAUCAUCGUUGAUGGGCUGGACGAAUGCCAAAUGCCGGAACGGAAGUCGAUACUAAAGAUUUUAACGGAUUUGGUGAACCAAGUUGACGCCAAAGAGCCGUCAAAACUUCGUGUCCUCAUUAUCAGCCAGGAAGAGCCUGAUAUCCGGAGAGCAUUAUCGUCGGCGGACGAGUUCCCAAUCAAACGCGAUGACAACAGCCAGGAUAUACGCACAUUUGUGCAAGCUUGGACUGCCAUGAUCCAGACAAAGUUCGAUCUUAGUGACGACGAUUCAUCUCUGUUAACGCGGCUCACAUGCCGUAACGCAGCGGGUCAAUUUCUCUUCGCUAAACUGGUCAUGGAAUACCUGUAUCAGCAACCCACGCGUGAAAGGCUUGAAAAGGAAGUCAAAUUUGAGGCUUUUCCAAAGGAGUUGGCAGAAGUAUACGAUCGCAUCAUUAAACGCAUCAAAAGCCGGCUUGGUGAAAAUGAAUGGGAUUUCGUACAACAAUUUCUCGGGUGGAUGACUUGUGCUGCUCGGCCACUCAAAUGGCACGAAAUACAAGGUGCAAUGUCAAUAUCUCUGGACGAACAAAAAGUAAAUAAGAAACGUCGGAGCUCUAAAUCAGCCCAUGAAUAUUGCGGACCUUUGGUAACUGAGUGCGAUAACCGUGUAAUUCUCGUGCACGGCACAGCCAAGAGGUACAUCGCGGAGUCAAAGCACAUCGAUCUUUUGGCCGUGGAAUGCAGGCUUGCGAGCUUGUGUUUGGAGUACCUUGCUUUCCCCUGCUUCGACGGAGACGACUUAGAGGCAUAUAUCUUGGACGGUUCGUAUGCUUUUGCGGACUACGCAGUUGCCAAGUGGAUGUACCACUUUAAGAAGAUACUCGGUCAACUGGCCAGCAACGUUGAUGCAGUCCAAUUGGAAAUUUCGACCUUGAAAUCAGCCGCACCGAAGCGCACCGAAUGCGAAGACAUGCAAUCAAAAGUCUUCAGGCUGGAGCCUGGGUUGUGCCGCCUGCUUGCGGCAUUCGAGGGCGCUGAAGAAGUAUUCCUGUCCCUGUGGACGCAUAUAAAACUGCACGAGAUCAAGGGUUCGGAAAAGCGCAAUGAAAUUAGCUUGGAGAGGCUUCGGACCGCGAUGGAUAAAAUACGAACCGCAUUGGAAGAGCUCUCUCAGAACAAGACAUUGACGCCGAAAGAUCGCAAGGAGCUGGAGUCAUAUUACGGUUCCAAAUUUUUCCGAUGUCCAAAAGUGACGUGCUAUUACUUCCACGAAGGGUUUACUGAUGGAAAAAGCAGAAAAAAGCAUGUCAACAGGCACGACCGGCCAUUUCAAUGCGACCAGCCGGAUUGCACCGGAGCCGACUUGGGGUUUGGGUCGAAAAAAGAACUCGAGAACCACAUGCAAAACUUUCAUGCGGAUGCGGAGAUGAAAGCUCUUCUCUUCAAGGAAAUGAUGCCAGCUACAAGCAGCCGGGCGAUGUAUCCCUGCGGAGAGUGUGAAAAGAGCUUUGUCCGCAAAUCGAUAUUACGAGACCAUGAACGAGUACAUAAAGGUGAAAAGCCAUAUGAGUGUGCACGUUGCGGCAAGGCUUUCGCUCGGAAAAAUGAUUGUAAGAGACAUGAAAAGAUCCACGAGCACCGACGAUGA